AAUGUCAUUUUGAUCUUUUAUUUUCAAACGUAGGUAAACAAAGAACAGCACAUGUUUUUCAAAGUAUAAUUAAAAAUUCAGCUGAAACAUGAAAGUAUCAAUCGGCGACGUCGUCCUACCGGGCGAUUAUUUCGAUGAAAUUUCAACGGACAAUGCGAAAUCCCGUGUUGUAAUUGGCCCGGGUCUACGAAAAGAGGAAGACCAUGUUUAUAUUACGAAAGCAGGUGUUCUGAAGAAAAAGAAUCCUCAUACUUACUGGAUAGACAGUUAUCAGAAGAGGUAUGUGCCGUCGAGAGGGGAAAAUGUUAUAGGCAUUGUCUCACAAAAAGCUGGUGAUAUUUUUAGAGUUGAUAUCGGCGGAAGCACCACAGCAGCUUUAUCCUAUUUAUCCUUUGAAGGAGCUACUAAAAAGAACAGGCCAGAAGUACAGGUUGGAGAUAUAAUAUACGCAAAACUGGUAAUAGCGAGCAAAGAUAUGGAGCCUGAACUUGUAUGUAUAGAUUCCUUUGGACAUAAAGGUCGAUUGGGUGUCUUAACUGACGGGUUUGUAUUUAAAUGUUCAAUAAACCUUAUAAGGAAGAUUCUUAGCCCUCAGUGCCCUUUACUUGAGUCUCUGAAGAAUGAAUGGCCAUUUGAACUGGCUGCAGGGAUGAAUGGCAGGAUUUGGAUUAAAGCAAAUUCCAUGAAAGAAACUAUAGCAUUGGGCAAUGCCGUUUUAGGAGCAGAGUUUAUGAGCCAGGAGGAAAUAAAAAAGAUGAGUAAUAAUAUUUCUGCCACUUUAGCUGGGCAUGUGUAUUAAUUUUAAAUACUGGUCAUCAUAAUUAUAUAUGUAUUUCCAAAUCAUGAAACUGACAGACUCCUAAGGCUUUAAUAGCGUGUGCCAAAAGCUUUGGAAGUUUGUGGUGACUAGGUUAUGAUGUUACAAAAUUGACAGCACUGAAAGUAAAGCUGUGAUUUGUAAAAAUACCUUAGAAGACCAAUGGUUAGCAGUAGUGGUAGGAGAUGGUUAAGAAUAUUAUGUAAUUUCUUUAAAAAACCAGUAACUAUAUGUAUAUAGUGGUUUUACUUAUAGCUGUGUGUACACAGCUAUAAGUAAAAGUUGUGUAUAUCUUUACUAAGUCAGCCUCUCAGACUUGUCUCAUGAUGUAAACAAUAUUUUAUUUUAUCUGCUUUUAUUUACUCUAUCACACUUCUAUUUUUAAACACAAAUUACAUUCAAAAGUAAUGUUAUGAAUACAAGCUUGUACUCAUUGAGAGAAAUUUUGCUAAUGUCCACACAGGAGUUUGGUCCAUAUUGGAAGAUAAUACAAAGGUAUGCUAUUAGCAGCUUUAGCCUUAUACUGUAGUGUAAAUUGUGUUCUUGCUCAGUCUCAGCUGCUAUCAUCUAAAUCAAAAACUGCAUUCACUUGGAAGUUGCAGCGUUCAUACACAUAUUAAUUGUAAAGGGAUGAUGAUAACUUCACUCGCCAAUUUAAGCCUAAAGCUAUGGGUUUUCUAAACGCUGGUCAACCCUGGUCUUAGAAGAAUCCACAACAAACUUAGCCGGGUAAUCUUUUUUUGUUAUCACCAAUAUCACCAUACCACCCAAUGUGAUUCAUUAGAACCAAAUGUGGCAAAAUGUAUUAAUGGCCUUAACAUAUUCUAUAGACUCACAAACUUAAGUGAAAUAAAACAUUGAAAUCUGGGCUAUGAGCAGGCACAAACAUUUUAUAUACUCAGUCUUAUUAUUACAUAAAGUUCUAAUUCCAAUGUUUUAAUUUGUUCUAAGAGGAGAAACUAUAAUUUCCACCUUCACUCCAGGCUUGUGUUUCUAAUUCUUAACUUAUUUAUAAACGGAAAUAAACGUUACAAUAAAACAAACAGCUUAAAGGAA